UUACGAGCUAAUUUGGAUAUGACGCUGCGUGAUAGCCCCAUAGCUGUGCUCGAUGGUGGUCCUCCUGGAGUUGACCUAAAACUGCAUAAUUCAGAUGAACUUCAUCAGUUGCCUAUUUCACAAAUGGGUAAUUACGAAGAAUACAUCAAGGGUCUAGCUGCAGUCGGUAAAGGUCCGCUUCGGCCGGUUGAACCAACGCCGGUUCGUACGCAUGCGUUUGGAAAUCCCUUCAAAACUGAUAAGAAGAGUUUGGCAAUCGAUGAGGUUGGCGAAGGCAUGGUUGGAGCGAAUGCGGCGGUGCCAACUGCUAAAGAAACCCGUAGGGAACGCAAGGGCACUGAAGGCAUUGGUCGACCGCCUAAGCGGAAACCUGGCCCAGUGGCGCCAAAUUGUCUGCAGCAGUGGAGGUUGUAA